UUUUGUUCUGUUUUUAACCAUAACCAUAAUCUCGACAUCCGUAAUCACUCUCAUAGAGUAACUUUUUAGAAAGUGAAAGGAGCCGUUGCUGUUCUACUAAUAUCUAACCCAUAAAAAGAAGCUUCAAGAAAUCCCUCAUUCCCAUUUUUCUUCUCUACACAAGCAGCAGCAGUGCAGACGAAGAGCCAAACGAAAGGGUUUGGCUUUCAAGUGCUAAAGAGAAGGAGAAUGGGGAAAAGGGUUGGAUUCAAUCUCAUUUUUCUUGGGAUUUCACUGUUCUUGAUACUUUUGGGCCAUUGCCAAGGAAGUAAUGUUGGAGUUUGCUAUGGAAGGAAUGCAGAUGACCUCCCAACACCUAAUAAAGUCGCUCAGCUAGUCAAACUUCAUAACAUCAAAUAUAUUCGGAUUUAUGAUUCAAAUAUUCAGGUUCUCAAGGCCUUUGCCAACACUGGUGUUGAACUUAUGAUUGGGGUUCCAAAUUCCGACUUGCUGCCAUUUGCUCAGUUCCAGUCUAAUGUAGACACUUGGCUUAAGAAUAGCAUACUUCCUUAUUACCCAGCUACGAAAAUAACGUACAUUACGGUUGGUGCUGAGGUCACUGAGAGCCCCAACAAUGUGUCUGCGUUGGUGGUGCCUGCCAUGAAUAAUGUACUCACUGGCCUCAAAAAGGCUGGUUUGCACAAGAAGAUAAAAGUUUCUAGCACUCAUUCUCUUGGAGUUCUGUCUCGGUCAUUUCCUCCCUCAGUUGGGGCUUUUAGUAGUAACUAUGCAUCUUUCCUGAAACCAUUGUUGGAGUUUCUUGCUGAGAACCAGUCUCCCUUUAUGAUCAAUAUUUAUCCUUAUUAUGCAUAUCGAGAAUCCCCAAACAAUGUGUCAUUGGAUUAUGCUCUUUUCGAGUCAUCGAAUGAAGUUAUUGACCCAAACACUGGUCUGCUUUACACGAAUAUGUUUGAUGCUCAGAUCGAUGCUCUUUAUUUUGCUUUGAUGGCCCUAAAUUUCAGAACAAUUAGAGUGAUGGUAACAGAAACAGGUUGGCCAUCUAAAGGUUCACCAAAGGAGACAUCUGCUACUCCCGACAACGCUCAAACUUACAACACAAAUCUUAUUCGCCAUGUAAUCAAUAACACGGGGACACCUGCAAGGCCUGGAGAGGAACUAGAUGUAUAUAUCUUCUCUUUGUUCAACGAAAACAGGAAGCCGGGGUUAGAUUCCGAAAGAAACUGGGGAUUAUUUUAUCCCGACCAGACCAGCGUCUACAACUUGGAUUUUACAGGAAAGAGUGUGGUAGACAUGACUGCACAGGCAAAUAGCACUGCUUCCAAUGGAACUGCUUGGUGCAUAGCUUCAACCAAGGCGUCCGACAUGGACUUGCAAAAUGCCUUGGAUUGGGCUUGUGGUUCAGGGAACGUCGAUUGCACACCCAUUCAGCCAAGCCAGCCUUGUUUCGAGCCAGAUACUCUGGUUUCCCAUGCAUCUUAUGCAUUCAAUAGCUAUUUCCAGCAAAAUGGAGCCACUGAUGUUGCUUGUGGUUUUGGAGGGAAUGGAGUUAAGGUUAACCAGGACCCAAGCUAUGAUACUUGCUUGUAUGCAACUACAGGGAAGAACAAGACAAUUUCUUCGAGUAACACAACAGCAAUAUCUUCAACUUCGUCAUCCUCUUCUUCAAGGAUUGAAUUUUCUGCUGGUCUACUAGUUAUGUUGAUUUUUAUAUCAUGUUUUCUGAAAAUUUCAUGAUGGGGUUAAGCCUGAAAAUUCCAGAUUUUGCUAUAGAAAGACAUUGCUGGAUCGAGCAUUUUCCUUGUUUUUGUAAUUUAUUGGGAGGAGUUGCAAAUGUGUAUCUGCUCUGUAUGAUAAGGAUGUGUAGCUUUUAAGGACGAAGUCAAUGGAAUUAGUUGUUGAUGUUUGAAAUAGACAAAUAAUGAGAAAAUAAUGUAAAAGUAGAGAAUCAACACAAAAAA